AUGCCAAACAAGGUUAUAAAAAUGUAUCUUGGAGAUUUUGCUUUCAAUUCUUUUGGGUAUGUACUCAGAAGUAGAAUUGUUGGUUUUUGGAGGCCUAUUUUUCUAUCAUCUCCACAUAGCCAAAGAAAGGAAACUGAAGAACGACACUCUGUGCAACAAAUUGAUAACAAAGCAGUGUCCAGAAUUCAGCUUGUAAGAUACCCAAGUGAUGAUAAGACUGUAAGAUUCAAAGAGAUGUCACCAACUCUGAGUGAUAAGCAAGACUCACAGCUAAAGUUAAUGGAAAAGCACAGCCACAACGUUUUUUCAAACCCAAAUACUUUCAUGGAUGAGAAGCAUCACAGAAAUGCCAGCCACAAAAUUUCUGUCUGUAAGAGUUGUUACACAGACUAUAGAUACCAACAAAGAUUUCAGAGUUCCAGGUGUCAAAUGAGUCCUAUUCAUUUCCUAAAUCCUCAGGGUUACACCUCUGAAUUUUUGGUGCCUGUCUACCACCCUACUUCCAUGAGCCCUUGGUUUGCUGUAUGCCCCAAGACUCACAGAAAUAAUACAAACACUUUAGACACUGGAGCUCUUAUAUGUUCUAAAUGUUUUGUACAAAUCAAUAAUUUUUCUUUUCAUAAGUGUCUCAUUAAUUCUGAUGAUGAUUCAGACCAUGACUGUCCUUUACAUCUCCAAGUUCCCUUGGAUUCUAAAUAUUCUUUGAGUUCCAGAUCUAUUAGUCACCACAAGACUUCUCAGAACAGCCCUUUAUCUCGAUCCUUGGAUCCUGAGCAACCUGUGGGCAUCCGCUGCCCUUUCCACUGGGAGGAUUAUAAAUAUUCUUUGGGCUCAACUUCUUUUUUACACUGUGAAAGUUGCUCAGCUCUCCAGAAUCUCAUGGGUUCUACUGUUACUCAUACCUUUCCAGUGAAUCCUCAAAAUAAUAUCAGCCACCAUAGUACCCCUGGCCCAGGCAAUGUCAUCCACACCAGCAGCGUUGCUGGCCUUGAAAGCGAGGGUAAGUUUAAAUUUACUGCCAAAUUUGAAAAUGAGGCCAAUCCUGAUGAGACUAAAUUGGUCAAUACUGGCAAUCUCAAAGAUAAGGCCAAAGACAAGCCUCUUUUUAAAGAUGAGGAAAACCAUGAAGAUGAGACAGACUCUGAAGAUGAGAAAGAGCCUGAAGAUGAAACAGACCCUGAAGAUGAAAGCAAUACCAAAGACAGGAAAGAUCCCAAAGAUAAGUCUGACCCUGAUAACACUGAUCCAAAAGAUAGUAAUGCUGAAAAUGAUGCAGACACAAGCAAUGAGUCUGAUCCCAGUGGUGAUGCUGACUCUACCAGUGGAGCUGAUUCUACCAGUGAAGGUGACUCUAACAGUGGAACUGAAUCCAACAGUGAACCUGACUCUAACAUUGAUAUUGAUGUUUAUCAAGAGUGUACUGCUGACUCCAAUAAUGACUCUAAUCCCAACUACACCUCUGGAUUCCAAAAUGGAGCUGGCCCAGACUGCACUUCUGGUUCCUGCAAGGGUGCUGGCUUCAGCAUUGGUUCCAGCAGUAUCAUUGGCCUCAACAAUAGACUUGGCCCCAACAAUGCACCUAGCCCUAACAUUAAUGAAUCUGGCCUCCAGAACAAUGGCUCUGGACCCCAAAAUAUAAGACUGCAUCCCUUCAGCCCUGGAUUCAGCAGCAGUGUCUCUGGCCCCAACAUUAAUGGCCUUAGACCCAAUAAUAUCCCUGUCCUAAACAGCAAUAACCCUGGCCUCAACAAUAAUAGCCCUGGUCCCAAUAAUAAUAGCUCUGGCCUUGAAAAAAACCCUAAUUCUAGCUAUAAUGCCAGGCUUAGUAAUGCUACUAGUCACAAUAUUGCUUUCAGUCCUAACAAGGAUGCUAACUCCAUCUAUGAAACAAAAUUCAUCAGUGCUGCUGGCCACAACUAUGUAACUAUUUCAAACUGCGGUUCAAACCUUAAAUAUGUCCCAGGAUUUACCCAUGCAGUAGGUUCUAAUUUUGUAGAUAACCGCAACUAUAUUGCCAGAAAUAGCUAUGCUGACAGUCCCAGCUCUACUUCUAGCACUGUCAAUGUCACUGACACCAGUUACACCACUAUUUUCACUAGUGCUAUUAGCCCUACUUAUACCAACUGUGCCUCAGACACUAACCAUGAGCCCAGAUUUACUCAUAUCAUUGGCUCCAACUUUGUCAUCAACCCCAAUUAUCAUAUCAUAAAUACUUAUCAUAAUUCUAGUACCAGCAAUGCUAGUAAUCUCUCUGAGACCAAAUUGGACAUCAAUCCCAGUUCCUCUAUUCCUAACAUUGUUUAUAGUAACUCCUCAGUUUUUGUUGCUGACAGUAACUAUAUUUCUACUCCGUUGACCACCUCUAAAUUUUCUGAUCCACCUAAGCUUGAUAGGAGUUAUACAAUUUUUGAUGACUACAAAUUUGGUGCCUGUUUCAAAGAUUAUCCUGGCCCCAUGGAUUCUAUUAGUUUUAAGCAUGCUACUGAGUUCAAGGAUGUCCUUGAUGCCAAGGAAUCUGGCUUUUUAAAAGAUUUCUCUGAGGUCCAGAAUCCCAUUGUUAUCAAGGAAAUUGCCAGCUUAAACUUUCACUCCAAUUCAAAUAUUCCACUCCUUAGUUUUGAUAUUAUAGUAGAAGCUGAACCACCAGAUGUUGUGAAGUUUGUCAUGCCAUCAGGUGCUGUGAAUCAGUUUUUUAAGUGGAAGACAAGUUUUCUGGGGAUUUGGAGUCUAAGAUACAGCCAAAUCAUCUCCUACCCAAAGAUACUGGCAACUUAAUCAAGCUCAACCUCCAGACAGGUAGCAGAGAAAACCUCCGCCCUUGAUUAAUGAAAAGAAUACGUUGAGAUGGAAAAGACAAAGACAGCAAAGAAGGUUUUGAGGAUAUGAGCAAAUAACUUCAAAAAUUGCAGAGUUCCAUGGGCAGUAUUUAUUAUAUGUUCUUUCUCACAUCCUCCUUCCCAUUAUAUUACCAUGUCUUUAUUGUCCUUUGGGGCCAACAAUGUUGCUUUAACAUAUAUUGUGACAAUUGCCCCAUUCAUCUUCUUUGCUUCUGGCAGACUCUAGAAUUAGGAAAUGGUCCUUUCUAGCAAUCCUAUACAAAUAUAUUGUUAAUGACUCAAAAGUGCAGUUAGAUUUUUCAGCCAGAACUUCUUUCCAUCUUUUGUGUAAGUUUCCUUCUCCAGAAGAUGAUCUUAACAUUUAACAAAUCUUGCAAUAGAUGCUUUUAAUAUUGUAAUGACCACUCUAGGUUUUAUACCACCCACAAUCAAUUAAUAUUUUAUUGUUACUGUUGUUUAUUAUUGUUAUAGUUUUAUGAAUGUGGUAAACAAAAUUAAAAUAGUUGAGACUCAUCAGUAUUGUUCAUUGUUUGCUUAACUUGCUAUUUUCCCAUUCAACCUUGUUAACCUAGGAAAACUGAUAAUAUCUGUCCUUUAUCAAUUUAUCACCACUCUCUCUGUAUGCUUAUUUUUUAUUACUUAAAUCUAACCCUUUGUUCCAACUAUAUGAGUCUCCUCACUUUUUCCCUACAGUUUUCCUUAUAUAUACAGGCCCCAUAUUGUUUUUGGUACAUUUCCUCAAUUCAAGACCUACCUUAUCCACAAAGCUUCACACUUCUAUAAACAAUAUUGAUCCUUCCAUUCCCAAGUUUCUGUUCUUCAGGUCAGCUGAGAAAGAUCAUAGCACACUUGGGGAACUGCCCGUACUUAGCGUGCAUUAUAGUCCAUGAUGAUCAGGGACUGAUGAGAAAUGAGAUUGGAAAAAUAACUAGGAAAUUUGUCACAAUAGAAAAUCUAGAUUUUACUCCAGGGGUGAUAGGUAACCCUUAAAAGAUUUAAGUAUGGUGGCAAUAUGAUCUAAUUUAGAGGAAUAAUGCUGAUGGUGGUAUGGAGGAUGGAUUUAAGGAGAAGCCAUAAGGGAGUGAUAAUAAAGCACACCUGCGUGAUAGUCCAGACUCUAAUUCAAAAGGACUUGAAAUAAAUCUGUAAGUAGUAAGAAUGCAUAGGAGAGAACACAUUUGAGAGCUAUGAUAACAAAACAGUUGGAAUUACUGGAUUAUUUGAUGUAAGAGAAAGUUUACUGUGACGUUUACUAUAUUUUUCAACUUUCCAA